AUGGCACCUUUAAACCCGUUUUCCAAGGCUGCCAUUAAUCGCCUGCGAGCUUAUAAGCCGCCGCCCUUCCCACUAUGGGACCGUCUCCCUAUCCGGAUGCGCGCUGCCGUCCUGAUCCUGCUCUACGCGGAUCGUUUCGGAGACUUGCGGGUGGUAAUCACCAUGCGAGCCGCCAGCCUGCGCAGUUUCUCCGGCCAUGCUGCUCUUCCCGGCGGAAAAGCUGACACAGUAGCCGAAUCACCCUAUCAAAUAGCAAGGAGAGAAGCUUGGGAGGAGAUUGGUCUUCCCAUGGAAGAUCGCAAAAUCCCAAAGCCCUUCCGCAUUGAGAAGCUCUGCUAUCUGCCCCCUUUCCUGGCCCGUACCCACGUGGUCGUCACCCCAUGCGUGGCGUAUCUUCACGCGGAUUCACCCGGUCCAGGAGAGUCGGCUCCUGUCGUGGAGCACACGCUGGUGCCCACGCCCGACGCAAGUGAGGUGGCGGCCGUCUUCACUGCACCGUUUUACAACUUUCUCAAGUCAAGCGACCUACCGCCUCAGCCGGGCCACACGUUGCCGCCUGGUCACUGGUACGACGGCGCCUGGAUCAACUGGAAGGAUGUGGCCUGGCGCGUUCACAACUUUUACGUGCCUGUGAACAACCAGCAGGUGUCGCGACCCAAAGAAGGCAGCUCGGCGGUGGAGGAGACCAAGCAGGACAUUGACUUCGAGGGCCGGUUCAAGGUCUGGGGCAUGACCGGUCGCGUCAUGGUAGACGCGGCACGCAUUGCUUAUGGCGAGCCGCCCGAGGUAGAGCACAACCCGGGAUUAGGUGAUGCCGACAUUAUAAGGAUUGCAGAGCAGGACGGUGCAUUUAAGGAAGCGGCUGGCAAGGGACCUUCGAGGAUUUAG